AGCAAGGUGACACCCCUCCACUCUCCACUCCUCCACCUCUCCACUCCUCCACCUCUCCACUCUUCCGGUGCUCCUCCGGUGUGGUGCAACGCGUCUCCAGCUCAGCUCCCGGUGCAGAUUUUACAUAUUGUUUUAAAUUAUCGGACAACAAGGGGGAGAGAAGUCUCAGCCCUCUGUCCACGAUGUCCUCCAGAGGUAAACCGGACUUGUGCCGAAUGUGCGGCGGAGCUCUGCAUGGAAACCAAAGGCGGUGGCUGUUCGGGGGCCAGAAUAAUAAGACUGAUCAGGCUCAGACCCCGACCGGGUCCGUGAGAGGAGGAAGCCUGUCCCAGUCCUCACAGAGCAGCCCCUGGGGCAGCACCUUCUCUCUGGGUUCCUCGGUGUCUCUCUCCCAGUUAUCCCUGAACUCCCAGUCCAAAGCGAUGGACCUGCUCUCCGUCUUGACUCACAUACUGGGGCAGUCCGUACCGAGAGGCAGCGGCCGGGGGGAGUUUGUGUGCGGCAAAUGCGUGUGCGUCCUCGAGCGGGUGUUCAAGUUCGACUCGGUGAUAGCCAGGGUGAGGGUGCUCUCCUCCGAGAGGCUGCAGAAGCUGAUGCAGGAGAGGGACAAGAUCAGACAGUGGGUGCGCCAAAGCUACUUCCAGAGGCACCCAAGGGACCUCCAGAGCACGGGCAGCACCAGCGAGGGGGACGGGGAGGCGGAGAAGGAGGGCUACAGGGAGAUGCUCAAAGAGAAUAUGGCGCUCUCAGAGUACGAGUGCUGGUCCGAGAAGUGGGACACGUGCCCGUAUUUUAUAAGAACGGGAAAAAGAUGCAGAAAGGGCAAAGGAUGUGAGGGCUGCGAUGCUCUGCGGGUGUCCGACUCCGAUUACGAGUCCGUUUGUGGGGUUCCUCGCCAUUUGCCCCUGCAGCCCUUCUCCCCGUUGGCGUUGUCCCGGGACAAAUCCCAGAGCAUGCCCCUCCACUGGCAGAGGGUGACGUCCUUCAGCUCCAGCGCUUCCUCUCUGGCGGGGUCCACUCUGUCCCUGCAGGAGUCCUCCCGCACGGAGUCCAUCCAUUCUCUGGACUCUCUGGACGGCAACGACCCGUUUGACUCGCCGAGUGUGCGGACGACCAACCUACUGCUGAUGGAGCUGAGAGGCAUCGAAGGAAAGCCGGUCAGUUCGCCAGCGGGGAGUAGGAUCCCUGUUCUGGACAGGAAGUACUCGGGGACACCCGGAGGGACGGCGUCGCCCUCGGUGAACAGGGCGCUGCGCUUUGGGAGUGUGGAGAACGGAGGGGAGGACGUGGAUGAGGAGGACGGGGAUGUACUCUCAGAGCUGAGGGAUGAGUUCAUGCCUCUUCAUCGAAAGAGUGCUUCUGGCAGGGUUCACCACGCUGUUAAGCACCUGCGGGGCCAGCUGGACCAAGCUGUGGCCCACAUCAGGACCCUGGAGGCGGAGGUGAAACAUGGGAGGGGCCAACAAACCCAAACCGAUGGAUCAGACGACUGGGUCCCUUUGCUCCAGGAGGAGGGUGGCAGCUCCCUGCUGCAGAGCCUCGGUCACUCCCUGCACAGCCGGGAGCGCGUUAUCCAGGAGUGCAUGGGUCUGAUCAGAAGACUGUGUGUGGAGGAGGGAGUCGGGACAGAGUUGACCAACAAGCUGACUGAGAGUCUGAAGGAAACUCAAUCUGACAACAAGACGGCCCUGCAGACUAUGAGGUCCGAGAUGACUGAGAAGGAGAAGAGCAUGGAGAAAGAGAUCGAGGCUCUGAGGAAGGCUGGAAGAGACAGAGAGCGAGACCUCGACACACUCAACACCGUGCUGCAGUGCAACCAGGAUAUUCUCAACGAACUGCGAGUGGCUCUGGGGGAGAAGGAGCGACUGCUGAAGGAGGUGGAGAAAGAGAGGGAGGUGUGGAGGCAGAGGGACUGCGCCCUCACAACUGUCCUGCAGGAGAAGGAGGUUCUGAUCCAGGAGCUGGCGAGCUGUCAGGAAGAUGUCAAGGGGUUUGCAGCAGACACGGAGGGAAAUGGCGCCACCUUGUGCAGGGAGGUCACCAAACUCACCAGAGCCCUGCAGGAGUACCAGGACAUGGUGCAGAUUCAGCAGGAGAGUCACGGUCAGACGGUGUCCUCUCUGACGGAUCAACUCAGGGACACUCGGCGGGAGCUGAGGGCGAAGGAGAAGGAGAGGAAGGAGGCCGAUAGAGCCCGACAGAACAACAGAGAGGACGGAGAGAGAGAGGAGAGGAAGCUGAGGGACAGCCUGGAGAAAAGGGACAAACUCAUAGAGCAAAUCCUGUUGGAUGCUGAGGAGCGGGACAAUCUGUUCCUGGAGCUGCAGCAGAACCUGCAGAACAAACGAGAACCUCUGACCGGCAUCAAACACACACUGUGAUAGACGACGACUACUGUACUGACGAGAUGCAAACCAACUGCACGGAGAAGGAAGAUUACUUUUGCACUUUCUGUAGCACCUUUUUGCCUCUCCAGCAUAUUUAUCGUGGUGUACAUUGAGUCUAUUUAUAUGUAUCUCUCUACAUUUUUGAGGUAUGCAUUUGCAUACUUGUUUUGCAUGUUUCCACAAUUGCUUGUUGAUUCUCUGGAGUGAAUCAGUAAUUUCAGACUUAAGAGAGUCAAGACAACCUUUUUGUUUUCAGUUUGGAGAGAUGUCAAGUCCUGCUUCUUAUGACUGGAUGUUUAAUACUUUAUUUAAAAAUCACAAGAUUACUGUUAAGUUAUUUUCUGAAUGUAAUGGGUCUAAUGAUCAGGUAGUGAUUGGAUUCCAUUAAUGUAGUGGGAUUGCUGGUACAACAUUUUGUGAAUGGUAUGAUUUUUAUUAGUGGAUCCUGAGUAAGAUUUAUGAUGUCCUUUUAGGACAGGCACGGGAAUGAAAUUGUUUUAAAUCUAAAUUUAACUUAUUUGCAGUUUCAUUAUUGUGUUUGUCUUUUCACUUUCUCGGUACAGAACUGUGAUUUUUGUUUUGUUUACAGUGCUAUCAUAGCACUCCUGGAGGGAAAUAUUUGGGACCAAAACAAUAUUUUUAACCCCUUUCCUUUUCUGCUUUUAGCUCUAUUAUCUUCCAUAUGUUUAUGUUUUGUAAUGUUAGUGUGGGACUUCAUUUUUGGAGACAUUUUCUUUUUUUAGCUCAAGAGAAUUAAACACUCUGAUCCAAAGUAUUUAUGUCUAUAGACGCUGUUAUUUCGCAAACCAUCAUGCAUGCUUGGAGACUGGCUGGUUCCAGAAGGGUUUUUAUCUCUUUUAUCAAUUAAUCAAUUGUUUUUGUC